ACACGUCUGAGUACUCGCACUUCACUGUUAAUUAAGUCUCGUAAAGACUCUGAGAGUUAUAAAGUGUGAGGUGUACAGUACAGAACAAGAAUUACAGACCUACUAGAUCGGCGAAACCGCAUUUAUGAGACUUGAUCACCAUAUCCCAGUAAGGAGAAGGAUUACUUAACCAGCACCACAACACAACCACACCACCACAGUAACCACAUCACAACCACACGAAUACACUCACCAACAACCAUCACCACUCCUUCACCACCAAUAAUCAGAUCCUAAAAAAAACCUCCUUAAAACAGUUAAACUUCCUCGCCUGCCACCACCACCUCUUCCUCCUCCACCAAUAUGCACUUCGAGGACCUGCUGUCAGUCAUCGGGUCCUUUGGGUUGUAUCAGCGUCUAUUGUGUUUCCUGCUGAUACCACUCACCACAGGGAUCGUUGCCUUCACCUUCUACACGCAGCUCUUCGUGUUGACGGCGCCUCUUCACACCUGCAACCAGAGACCUCAUGAAGGAAGAGACCAAGAGUUAUAUAACCAUCUUGUUCCUCUGCUCAAUAAGACGCCCUUUGACUCGGACUCCAGGAAGCCUUACGCUUGUCACCAGUUUGACCUUAAUGUGACCCAGUCUUACUUGGCCGAUCAUGACGUCAUGAACGUGACCUCGCUGGAGCAACUGCCCGAACCUAUCGCAGCCUGUGUCGACGGUUGGAAGUAUGAGUUCGAUCUCAUGUUCUCAUCUUACACCUCAGAGCACAACUGGGUGUGUGAGGACGCCUGGCGACCCUACAUAGUGGUAACGAUGUUCUGGAUUGGCAACACUGUCGGCUCUUGGCUCUGGGGCGUCGCUUCUGAUAUGUGUGGUAGGCGGCCUACGUUGGGACUGAGUUUGUUGGUGUAUGGCGUAGCGGGCGUGGCCAGUGUAUUCGUCAAGGACUUCUACGGUUUCACCGCCCUGAGGUUCCUGGUGGGCUCCUCUCACCACAUAGUGUGUCACCUACCCUUCGUCUUAGUGGUGGAGUACUGUGGGCGAGAGAGUCGUGUGGUGCCGCUGCUGACCAUCAUGAUGAGCUACACCAUCGCCUCUAUCCUAGCUGCAGCUCUCGCCUUGGUCGUCUGGGACUGGUACACCCUUGCUCUCAUGAGUGGCAUUCCUCCUCUAGUCCUCUUGCUGGCUUACAAGUGGAUCCCAGAGUCUUCGUCCUGGCUGAUAGCUGGAGGGAAGAGCGAGGCUGCUCGAGCCCAGCUUUCUACGGUGGCCAAGGUGAACAGUCACCGUCUGCCAGAGGAAUUGUUCACGCAGUUCCUCACUGACACUAACAACGACCAGCACGACGAUCAGACGGAGAGAAGAGACAAAGACAACGAAACGAGUCGGUCGAUCAUCGAUGCCGUGAAGUAUCCUAACCUCCGCAAGAACAUCCUGCUGGUGCUGGUGGUAUGGAUGCUGGCCUGUAUGUGUUUCUACGGCCACUGUCAGAACACGGUGAAUCUGGGAAGCAACAUGUUCAUGAGCUACCUGUUGGGGGCGGUGGUGGAGGUGCCGUCGUGGUGCGUUCCCUGGCUCAUCCACCGCCUGGGACGACGUCUUCCCCUUACCGCCGCCUUCUUCCUCUCCAGCACCGCUGGCUUCAUCUACGCUGCCGUGCCGGAAGAUAUGGAGUGGCUGGUGCUGACGGUGGCACUGGUGGGGCGGGCGACCAUCACAGGAGCCUACUACAUCACUCUGCAGUAUUGCCCGGAGGUGUUUCCCACGGUGGUGCGGGGUCAGGGCGUUGCCUUGGCCGAGACUUUGGGCGGAGUCGCUAUCUUCCUCUCUCCCUCCAUCGUUUAUCUGGGAGAGUGGCACAAGAGGGCACCGUUGCUAGUGUUCGGCGGUUUGUCACUGGUAGCUGGGGUGUCCACGCUCCUGCUGCCAGAGACUGCAGGUGUAGCACUGCCCCAGACUAUCCCCCAGGCCGAACUCUUCUUCAGCCACUCCCGUACUUCCUCCCGCAGGUCGGUGACGCCGCAGUGUGACCACAGUCUUUGCUUUAGAUCCAAAAUUCCCUUGGGUGUCGACGUAGACAAGAUGGAAGCUGCACAAGACGCCCAACUUGUUCUGAGAGACCGAAGCCGACCGUCUGAACCUGAUUCGUAAGAUGUGAACCUGACUUGAAAAUUAUUUUCACACAACACAAAGUACAGCCUUCCAAGGGUGACCGUCCGCUGUUUUUCAUUGAAAAUGGGUUUAACAAUACUAAGUUUUCACUGAUUUUAUUAGGGAAUAUUGUAGUAUGUUGGGAAAAAUAUAAAAAUGGCGGAAAUCAUGUGCUAACCUAACCUAGUCUAUAUUUUAACUCGUCUAUAUCUAGAAAUUCAUAGAAGUGAAAGUAAUCAGCAUACAAAACUGUGUCUAAACACACCCAUCAUAAUUACCGAACUGCUGACGGUCACAAGUCUUAUAUUAGCGCCUUCCUCGUAUACUGGCCAUCAAAAUAAAUGUAUUCUUUCUUUUCACUUUAUUUGUCUUUGGAUGUUAAACUAACAAUUCAUAAGAAAUAUAUAUUUUUUAAAUAUGGUGUGAGUGUAUUAUGUAUUUUAUGAGCAAGUAAAUAAUAAAAAGGAAUUGAUA